UCUGGAAUACUUGACUGACCCGCUGACCAAUGAUCAGGACCAUAUAAUCAAUUUCUAUUUGGUCCGAAGAAUAUAUUUGUAUUUACUCGAAAGUACAUAGCAACUUUAGGGUGACCCGUAGUGUACGUGUAAUACCAUCAUGGUUAUUAUGGUUAACACUACCACUUGAAUUACUGGUGAUUUCCGCUUUAAUUUCGUAUAUUUUUUAUGUACAGCUAACUUCGAGUGGCAUAAUUGCGUUUACACUGAUAUCUGUUGGUCGAUAUACCUCAUAGUCUUUAGGAACUAAACAUUUAAGGUUUGGGGGUCUGUUGAACUUUAGACCUGUCCAUGGAUUGCACACGGGAGUGAAAAUCUGCGUUGGAGAGAAGUUGUAGAUAUCGACUCGAACUGGUGGAAAAUGUCUAGUGCUCUGCAGGAACUCCAAAAUCUCAAUCAGAAACCACAAACUCGUGUGCAACCAGCACCAGAUCAUAAGGGGGAUGUGUUUGCAGAGCCAAACUUACUGAUUAAAACACCGAGGAAGGUCUCCUCAUAUUCUGAGUGCCAGCAGAACAUGGGGCCACUGACAACCCCCACAAAGGGCAAUGGCUCCCUACCCUGUGAGCCCUGGACUCCUACCUCAAACCUGAAGAUGCUCAUCAGUGCGGCCAGCCCAGAAAUCCGCAACCGUGAAAGAGAGCUUUGCAAGGAGGGCACUGAAGGAGGGGACUCUGAAUAUUUAACACAGAUUGAACAGGAACCAGGACUCGGGGAAGAAGCAGAGAAGCUUCAGAUUAGUCGAAAAGAGAAGAGCUUGGGCCUCCUCUGUCACAAAUUCCUUGCACGGUACCCAGAUUACCCAAACACCGCAGUCAACAAUGAUAUCUGCCUCGACGAUGUGGCUGGUGAACUGAAUGUGGAACGACGGCGCAUCUACGACAUCAUGAAUGUUCUAGAAAGCCUUCACAUGGUUAGCCGCCUGGCAAAGAACAGGUACACAUGGCAUGGGCGGUCCAACCUUCCCCAGACGCUGGCCAUGCUGCGCAGGGUGGGCGAGGAGCAGCAGUACGGCCAGCAGGUGCAGCAGAUCCGCCAGUGGAACCUGGAGCGAGAGGACCGCGAGUUUGACCUUGACGGGGAGGAGAAGGAAAACGAUGAGGCGUUUCUGCAGGAGACAGACGGAGAGAAUGGGCAGAAGGAGAUGUGCUUUGUGGAACUCCCUGGAUUGGAGUUCAAAGGUGCCUCAGUCAACAGUCGCAAGGAUAAGUCUCUGAGGGUGAUGAGUCAGAAGUUUGUCAUGUUGUUCCUGGUGACCACUCCACGUGUGGUGAGUUUGGAGGUGGCUGCCAAAAUCCUUAUUGGGGAGGAUCAGGUUGAGGACAUCAACAAAUGCAAGUUUAAGACCAAGAUCCGGAGGCUGUAUGACAUUGCUAACGUCCUGAGCAGCCUGGAGCUGAUCAAGAAAGUCCACGUGACUGAGGAGAGGGGGAGGAAGACUGCUUUCAAAUGGGCUGGGCCUGAAGACCUACCAUCUCCUAAGGAAGUGCCCAGGACCACAUUUUCCACCACUGCAUCAACGAGAAUUUUGGAGUCUCGAUCAUCUAUUGAGAACUGUGCCAAAAACCUCUUCUCAUCCCCUGGUGGAAAGAGAGGGUUCACCCGGCACCCCUCCCUGGUCAAAAUGGUGAAGAGCAUCCAGGAUGACCGCCGGAAGAUCAACUCCGCGCCUUCCAGCCCCAUCAGAGCCACCUCCAAUGAUUUAUCAAACUCAGUGUUCCUUCCGAGUAAGAUGGCCCAGCUAGCCGCUAUCUGCAAGAAACAGUUGGACCAACAGUCAAAGAACCCCAACAAAGAAGCUAAAGGAUGUUCCCAAGAGGAACUCAGUAGUGCAAAAUCAGAAAAAACUGCUGCCAAACCAGCAGAAGAGAAGCCAGCGGCUGGCUCAACACCACUGUCCUCCGAGGCCCACGUCAAAGACAGCACUGGGGUGCCACUAUCUCUUCUAACCCCAUCGCCGCUGUCCCAUCUCCCAGCUACGUGUUCUUCCCUCAUCCCCGUCCUGCUACCUCAGCACCAGAUGGGAGGCCCCAUUGCCGUCUACAUGCACCCGGCCUCCCUCAGGCCCCACGCCUCGACCAGGCCAGCACCCACCAGCCUGGCCGUGCGCUCCAUGACGUUUGAGAGCCCCGGAGAUGGUGCCGACCGAUCCCCGAUGCCGGUGAACUCGAGCAUUCAGAGGGCUUUUACGUCCAGCAGCGAGUCGGGCAGCCCCUCUGCACUGAAGAGAAAAUGUGGGGACAAGACAUGCUCGGACCGCAGUCCCUCCAAGAUCAAGAAAGUCAAUGGUACUUCAGAGGGCGUGUCCCCUAAGCUGUGUGAGAUCCUGCAGGCCAGGCUGAAGGCACGCCGAGGGGCCCUGGUGUCCAGCCGGCCCUCCUCCAGAGCGCUGCACCUGGACCCGGAGUUCACCAAACCCCCCGAGAACCAGGCCUCUCCCUCCGCCAACAGCCAGACUCUGGAGCACAGCGUGGAGACCUUCCUGGAGAAGGAAGAGAGGGCUGCGGCCUCUGACAGUGAGGCCAUGCUCACCCCGCUUCACCCCACUCAGGUGCAGAGCCAUAACCAGAACCAGGGCAUCCUGCUGCACGAGCUGAUGCUGUCCGCCGGACACACAGAGACUCUGAUCCCCACAGGCUACCUGAUCCCUAUUACACCUCAGUCCCUGUUCAGCUACAAAGAUUCCCAUGGAAUCAACGGCGAAACUGGCAAAGCCUCAACACCUACGAAUAUCUACAAAACCCCCACAGCAGGUUCCAGACCCUUCCACCCUCAGGAGUUUACCCCCACAAGCCUGUCUGUCCACCCGGCCCCUUCGGUCUCACCUUUCACCAUGCAACGGACCCACAGCCCUAGCCCGGCCAUCCUCAACUUCACCUUACAGAACAUCGGCCUCAUCCCUACGGCUGCCGGCGUAGCGGGCGGCACCUCCAGCCCCAUGACCGUUGAGCAUGCCAGCCCCCUGCCCACGGCCCACAUUGGGCUCCCUCACAGGGGGAUGAUCUUCGUCAAACCCAUGUCCUCUGCUGGAGCGCUCCAACACCCACCGUCCAGUCAGCCCCUGACUCUCUUUAGUUUAGCACAGCCUCUCAUGGCCACACCAAAAGGCUCCCCCUCUGUCCAGCACAGUCUCUUCCACACUCCUGUGCCCUCCCUGACCACCAUGACCACGGAAGUGGCCACCAAAACCCUCUACAUCCCCCAGAGGAAACUAGAAGUCAGUCCCGAGGCCCCCUAAAAAAAGAUGCCUUCGUGAAAGAAUGGCCAGGGUCAGACGUCUCUCUGCUGCUAAACACCCUUGCAACCAUGAGCCAGUGUGUGUGUGUGUGUGUGUGUGUCUGCUUGAGCGUAUGGACAGAGAAGGUGUUUGGCAGUGGUGAUGUACUGUAGCAUUGAUGAUAAUGCAUUAAUUUCAUACUGUGCGUGCAUAAUGCUUUUGUCGUGUACUAAUGCUCAGGGUAUGUCGUCUUGUAGUAGCUGCAAAGCAUUUGGACAUGGUGCUAUUCAAAUGUGACUCUCCCGCCCCAGGGGGACAAAACACAGUUGCAGGUUGAACCCGAAACCACAUGCCUUUUUAAACCAACGGCAGUCAGUUGGCUUUGCUGUUUUAUUCAAAAGUAUUUUUGUUGUAAUGUUUUAUUUUCUUAAAAUGCAAGUGUUAUAAUGAGGUAUAACUUGAAUUUAAUUUGUCAGAGGGUUUUAUUUACAUAGAAAUCUCAAUGAAUGUCAUGAAAUGACAGCUGUGUCGGAUGGAGAAGUAUAAAUGUGUUGAAACUGAUGUCAAGAAGGGAGGGUGACCUUAUAUCAAUCAUCUAUCUCAAAGUGCCAUGGAACCUUAGGAAACCAAAAACUGUGGUCUGUGGUUAUUAUUUCUGUUUCAAGAAAAGGGCCGUGCGACUGAAAAAAAAAAGUGAAAUGAAAGUAUUGUAGAUAAUACUGUAAUGUAUGUGUUAAUAAAACAUAGAAUAGGACUACAACUUUGCACACUGUACAUUUUGAAUGUUACCCCUUAAAAUUUGUCUGUGAUAGAACCGAAAGAAAUUACCCUUGUUUUAGAUGAAAUCAGGCAACUCUAAUAUUAAUAAGUGACACUUUUUCAUUCAGAAAUGUAAUAAAUAUUUUAAAUAA